AUGUGGACGUUGCGGCGCCGAUUGGUUCGAGAGGGCACAAGAUCCUUUGCACGGACAAGAAGAAAGUUCUCCACUGAGGGGAUUGUGGACCAUCAUUAUGACGCUCUUGUCGUCGGUGCCGGUGGUGCAGGUCUUCGUGCUGCGGUAGGAUUGACCGAAGCUGGAUUGAAAACAGCAUGUAUAACGAAACUGUUCCCAACCCGCUCCCACACCGUCGCAGCCCAAGGAGGCAUUAACGCCGCCCUCGGCAACAUGCACGACGACGACCCCCGCUUCCACCACUACGACACCGUCAAAGGCAGCGAUUGGCUCGGCGACCAAGACGCCAUCCAAUAUAUGACCUCCAACGCCAUCCCCGCCAUCGUCGAGCUCGAGCACAUGGGCAUGCCCUUCUCGCGUACCGCCGAGGGCACUAUCUACCAGCGUGCCAUCGGCGGGCAGUCCCUCAACUUCGGCAAAGGCGGGCAAGCCUACCGCACGGCGUGCGCCGCCGACCGGACAGGCCAUGCGCUGCUGCACACGCUGUACGGCGCCAGUUUGAAGAGCGGGUGCCAGUUCUUCGUGGAGUAUUUCGCGCUGGAUCUGAUGAUGGUGGAUGGGCGGUGUGUGGGGGUUACAUCGCUGAGUUUGGAGGAUGGGGUAAGGCAUCGGAUGUUUGCGAAGAAUACGAUCCUUGCAACGGGGGGUUAUGGGAGGGCGUAUUUCUCGGCGACGAGCGCGCAUACAAGUACGGGAGAUGGGUGUGCGAUGGCGUCGAGGGCGGGAUUGCCGCUGCAGGAUAUGGAGUUCGUGCAAUUCCACCCGAGCGGUAUCUACGGCGCGGGAGUGUUGAUCACCGAGGGUGCAAGAGGCGAGGGAGGUUACUUGCUGAAUAGCGAGGGAGAGAGAUUCAUGGAGCGAUAUGCGCCAACAGCCAAGGAUCUGGCAUCAAGAGAUGUCGUGGCGAGAAGUAUGAACAUGGAGAUCCGCGAAGGACGAGGCGUGGGGCCAAAUAAGGAUCAUAUCCACCUGCAGCUGAGCCAUUUGCCCAAGGAGAUCAUCAUGGAGAGAUUACCCGGCAUCGCAGAGACGGCGUCCAUCUUCGCCGGGAUCGACGUGACGAGAGAGCCGAUUCCAGUCCUCCCAACCGUCCACUACUGCAUGGGCGGCGUCCCCACCAACUACAAAGGACAAGUUCUCACCACCUCUACCGCCACACCCCACCCUUCCACCACCGCCCCCGGCGCCACCUCCCUUUCCCUCCUCGCUCUCGUCGUCUUCGGCCUCUCCGCCGCCGUCGACAUCGCCGAGCAGCACGCCUCUGCCUCCGCCCCCGCUAUGCCCGACCUACCCGCGGACAUUGGACACGCCUCGUUCGCGCAGCUCGAGCAGACGCGGACGGCGGACGGCGAGCGGCUGACGGCGUCGCUCCGUGACGACAUGCAGCGGGCGAUGCAGCGUGACGUGGCAGUCUUCCGCACGGAAGAGUCGCUGGUCUCGGGCAAGUCGACGGUCCGCGAGGUGGAGCAGGCGUUCAACACGGACCUAUCGCUGAAAGACCGAUCGUAUAUCUGGAACAGCGACCUAGUGGAGGCGCUGGAGACGCGGAACCUGUUGACGUGCGCGGCGCAGACGGUGGCGGCGGCGGUGGAGCGGAAGGAGAGUCGGGGGAGUCAUGCGCGGGAGGAUUAUGGGGAGAGGAUGGAUGGGGAGUUUUUGAGGCAUAGUUUGACGUGGCAGGGGGAGGUGGGGGAUGAGGUGAAGGUGGGGUGGAGGGAUGUGAUAAUGAAGCCGUUAGAUGAUACGUUUCCGGAGGUUCCGCCGACGAAACGGUCAUACUAA